GUCGACGAGCUCAUCCUACCCUUCCGACGCCACGAAGGCUAUGAGUCACUGAAAACGGAGGCAAGCCUUGAAACGCGCAAAAUGGCCGACCAAAUGCCUUGCUAUCGAGACGCAUGCAACGAUCGUCGUAUAAAGGCUGUGGAAUAUAGGGCAAACUGCUCCAUCCGGCUAGCCCGACUGACCCCAGAUAAAUGGUACCGGGGUCUACCGCGACGCCGCUUGACAAUAGCUGCUCACACUUACGAACAUAUUAGCAUGGCACUCAACUGUCUAGAAGAGCUCUUGCCCUUGGUGAGUUAG